GUCAUACAGUUCAAAAACAAAUAAACAAAACAAAACAAAAAUGUCACUAUCGGCCCUGCAAUUUCCGCGGUUUCGGUUCGACGUCCAGUAUCACCCAGUACGCAUCCCCGCGGCCCUCAGUAUCGACACAGUCGACAUGUGUGUCGAUCCGCCCAGCUCGUAUUAGUGUGUAGCGAGCGGAGCAAUGUUGGCUAGUUGUGUGGGUUGUGUUCGACACGCCAGGAGGCGAGAAAGGGACGAAGACGCCGACAAAUGAAAGAAUGACGGACGACAUGUGACGACUCACUUGUCCUUUUGACGACGAGGCGCGGGGGAGAUUGUUACAAAUGUAUUGUACGAUGCCCGGCGCCACCGUGUCCGUGCGGAGUUUGUCCGAAGAGGAGAAACACCUCAACGGCAACAGGAUGGACCGCAGCACCGACGGCUCUUUCCCCAGCCCCCCCGCCUCCAUGCGCCGGGGACUGUCGGAGAACAACCUGGACCUGGACCUGAGCGACGGCGCGCCCUCGUCCUCCGGGCCCCCGGAGUUCCAGCGGAGCCGCUCCUGCGUGGACAGCCUCCAGCAGAAGAUCCUGAAGGUGACGGAGCAGCUGAAGAUCGAGAAGACGGCGCAGGAUGAGAACCUGGUGGAGUACCUGAAGCUGGUGAACAGCGCCGACAAGCAGCAGGUGGGCCGCAUCAAGCAGGUGUUCGAGAAGAAGAACCAGAAGUCGGCGCAGAACAUCGCCCAGAUGCAGAAGAAGCUGGAGCAGUACUACCGCAAGAUGAAGGACAGCGAGGUCCACCUCCACCCCUCGCCGCCCAAGCACAGCACCAUACCCCGGGAGUCUCGCCGGGAGCUGCUGAGGGACAUGACGGGCAGCGGGCGCCACCCCACCAUGGACAAGAUCAAGACCAUCGGACCCGGCGUCUCUCUCUCGCCGCCGUUCUUCUUCAGCAAACCCCGGGAGUUCGCCAACCUCAUCAGGAACAAGUUCGGCAGCGCUGACAACAUCGCCCACCUCAAGACCUCCAUGGACGCCUCCCCGCCGCUGCCCGCUGAGGCGGCGGGCGGGAAGGGCCUGAGCAGCAGCACCUCGCUGGUGGGGAAGUCCAAGUACCCCAGCGACGACGAGUGCUCCCUGGUCAGCGCCUCCAACUCUGCGGACAGCAACGGGCUCUCGGCGGGGAUGCGGGCCCCCGGACCUUGCCCGGGUCAGCAGGCGGUGCCUGUGGGCGAGACCUACAGCAGGCUGGUGAUGGGCCUGGAGGAGGCCCGGGAGAUUAAGGAGGCGCAGAACCAGCUGGAGGAGGACAUGGAGGAGGCCAAAGCCCAGUUCAAGAGGGAGUAUGGAGUCGUUAACCAAGCGCUGCAGGAGGAGCGAUACAGGUACGAGCGCCUGGAGGACCAACUGAACGACCUGACGGAGCUCCACCAGCACGAGAUGGCCGACCUGAAGCAAGAGCUGGCCAGCAUCGAGGAGAGGGUGGCCUACCAGGCCCUGGAGAGAGCCCGCGACAUUCAGGAAGCUCUGGAGUCGUGUCAGACGCGCGUGUCCAAGCUGGAGCUGCAGCAGCAGCACCAGCAGCAGACGGUGCAGCUGGAGAGCGGCGACGCCCGGGUGCUGCUGGGGCGGAGCAUCAACAUCAUGCUGGCCUUCGUCACCGUCAUCCUGGUCUGCGUCUCCACCGCCGCCAAGUUCGCCGCCCCGCUGAUGAGGAGCCGGCACCACGUGGUCGCCACCGUCCUGGGGGUCUUCUUCCUGACCGUGUUCUGGAAGAACUGGGACCGUUUACAGUACGCCAUAGACAAGGUGCUGGUGCCCGGCUGAGCCGCGGGAGGUGGACGCUGUGAGGUGAUUGGUUGUACAAUUGUCUUACAUCACACUUCUUCUUCUUCUUCCUAAACCGUGAUUCUACUUUCCUGUCCUUAACUUCCACCAUUACUUUCAUACGUUACAUCACGGACGCCCCUGCUUAUAUCUACGGCGUAAAUGACCGGAUCCAACCAGCUCAAGAAGGACCGACAAAAGUCGAGUUGCACCCAAAAAAAUCGCAAGAGCUCUGAAGGAAAUGUUUCACGUGAAAUACGGUACAGGGAGUCGCCGGCCGAAACGUACCUUCAAGGCUUGAAACGGCGAGCUCGUUUGCGGUUCUUACAGCUGAAGUUCACUGUUUUGCACGCCGUUGCGACGUUUUGCGAGGCACACACGAACAAUCAAAUGCCGCACCCCCCGAAAAGUGCUGCUUUUUAAAAAUAAUGUCGGCUAAAACUCGGAAGACGGCCCGUUCGGUUGCGUGUUGUGCCAUUUGUAGUUUAUUUUAGAUACACUUCACUAGGUAGACGUGAACAAUCAAAUGUCGCACCCCCCCCCCGAAAAGUGCUGCUUUUUAAAAAUAAUGGCGGCUAAAACUCGGAAGACAGCCCGUUCGGUUGCGUGUUGUGCCAUUUGUAGUUUAUUUUAGAUACACUUCACUAGGUACACGUGAACAAUCAAAUGUUGCACCCCCCGAAAAGUGCUGCUUUUUAAAAAUAAUGUCGGCUAACACUUGGAAGACGGGAAGAAACGGCCCGUUCGGUUGUGUAUUGUGCCAUUUGUAGUUUAUUUUAGAUACUUCACUAGGUACACGUGAACAAUCAAAUGUUGCACCCCCCGAAAAGUGCUGCUUUUUAAAAAUAAUGUCGGCUAAAACUUGGAAGACUGAAAGAAACGGCCCGUUCGGUUGUGUAUUGCGCUAUUUGUAGGUUAUUUUAGAUACACUUCACUAGGUACACGUGAACAAUCAAAUGUUGCACCCCCCGAAAAGUGCUGCUUUUUAAAGAUAAUGACGGCUAAAACUCGGGAGGGGGGAAGAAACGGCCAGUUCGGUUGUGUAUUGUGCUAUUUGUAGUUUAUUUUAGAUACACUUCACUAGGUAGACGUGAACAAUCGAAUGCUGCACCCCCCCAAAAGUGCUGCUUUUCAAAGAAAGGUCGGCUAAAAUUUAUUUUAAAGAUUUGAAACAGGGAGAUUCAGUUUAUCUUACUUAAAGUUCACUAUUUUACAUACCACACCUGUUACUUCACUAGGUACACGUGAACAAUUGAAUGCAACACCCCACCAAAAGGGCUAGAAACAGAUAGAUUCCGUUUUUUCUUACUUAAAGUUCACUAUUUUACAUCCACACCUGUUACUUCCCUAGGUACACAUGAACUAUCAAACACAACACCCCCCCUAAAAGGGCUAAAAGAUAUUUUAAAGACUUGAAACGGAAAUAUUCAGUUUUUUCUUAUUUAAAGUUCACUAUUUUACAUGCACACCUUUAUAGGUAGACGUGAACAAUCAAAUGCUGUACCCCCCAAAAGUGCAGCUUUUCAAAGAAAAGUCGGCUAAAAUUUAUUUUAAAGAUUUGAAACAGGGAGAUUCAGUUUUUCUUACUUAUAGUUCACUAUUUUACAUGCACACCUGUUUCUUUACUAGGCAGACGUGAACAGUCAAAUGCUGUACCCCCCGAAAAGUGCUACUUUUUAAAAAUAAUGUCAGCUAAAACUUGGAAGACAGGAAGAAACGGCCCGUUCGAUAUUUGUAGUUUAUUUUAGAUACACUUCACUAGGUACACGUCAACAAUUGAACACCACACCCCCCUAAAAGGGCUAAAAGGUAUUUUAAAUACUUGAAACAGGGAGAUUCAGUUUUUCUUACUUAAAGUUCACUAUUUUACAUGUACACCUGUUUCUUCACUAGGUACAUGUGAACAAUCAAAUGUUGCACCCCCCUAAAAGUGCUUAAAUGUAUUUUAAAGACUUUAAAUAAGAAAAAACUGAAUCUUUCUGUUUCAAGUUCACUAUUUUACAUGCACACCUGUUUUUUCACUAGGUACACGUGAACAAUCGAAUGUUGCACCCCCACCGAAAAGUGCUGCUUAUUAAAAAUAAUGGAGACUGGAAGAAACGUCCCGUUCCGUUGUGUAUUGUGCUAUUUGUAGUUUAUUUUAGAUACACUUCACUAGGUACACGUGAACAAUCAAACACAACACCCCCCUAUAAGGGCUAAAAGGUAUUUUAAAGACUUGAAACGGAAAGAUUCUUAUUUAAAGUUCACUAUUUUACAUACACACCUGUUACUUCACUAGGUACACGUGAACAAUCAAACACAACACCCCCCUAAAAGGGCUAAAAGGUAUUUUGAAGACUUGAAACGGAAAGAUUCAGUUUUUUCUUACUUAAAGUUAACUUUUUUACAUGCACACCUGUUUCUUUACUAGUUAGACGUGAACAGUCAAAUGCUGUACCCCCCGAAAAGUGCUGCUUUUCAAAAAAAGAUCAGCUAAAAUGUAUUUUAAAGACUUAAAACAGGGAGAUUCAUUUUUUUCUUACUUAAAAUUCACUAUUUUACAUGCACACCUGUUACUUCACUAGGUACACGUGAACAAUCGAAUGCUGUACCCCCCUAAAAGUGCUGCUUUUCAAAGAAAGAUCGGCUAAAAUGUAUUUUAAAGACUUGAAACGGAAGGAUUCAGUUUUUUCUUACUUAAAGUUCACUAUUUUACAUCCACACCUGUUACUUCACUGUGUAGACGUGAACAGUCAAAUGCUGUACCCCCCAAAAGUGCUGCUUUUCAAAGAAAGGUCGGCUAAAAUUAAUUUUCAAGAUUUGAAACGGGGAGAUUCAGCUUUUCUUACUUAAAAUUCACUAUUUUACAUACACACCUGUUACUUCACUAGGUAGACGUGAACAAUCGAAUGCUGUACUCCCCCAAAAGUGCUGCUUUUCAAUGAAAGGUCGGCUAAAAUUAUUUUAAAGAUUUGAAACAGGGAGUUUCAGUUUUUUCUUACUUAAAGUUCACUAUUUUACAUGCACACCUGUUACUUCACUAGGUACACGUGAACAAUCAAAUGUCACACCCCCCUAAAAGGGCUAAAAUGUAUUUUAAAGUUCACUAUUUUACACGCACACCUGUUUCUUCACUAGGUAGACGUGAACAAUCAAAUGCUGCACCCCCCAAAAGUGCUGCUUUUGAAAAUCUGCCAGCUAAAACUUUAAAAUACUUGAAACAGAAAUAAAUGGCAAGUUGUGUUGUGUACUGUGCUACCAAGUAGUGUACUGUGCUACCAAUAACAUGUUUAUUAUUAUUAUUAAUAUUAUUAUUAUUAUUACCGUAAUAUUAUUAUUAUUAUUAUUAUUAUUGUGGGUGUAGUUUGCAGCUGUUUUUGCACUGUUAUUUUUUUGAAAGGCAGAAGUUUGAUAUUGCGUCCGAUUCGAUUGCACAGGUGUACCUAAAGAAGUGUCCGGUGCAGCGCAGGUUUGCCUAAUGAAGUGUCCGGUGUGCCUAAAGAAGUGUCCGGUGCAAUGCAGGUGUGCC